UGUCAGUUAUUUGUUUUGACGUGUAAAAUAAAAACAAUAUUGUCAUAUGAUAGGCGUGUGAAUCCAAUUUUAUAGAAUGAGUAAAAUUAAGGUGUUGGAUGAUUCGGAUACUCAAUUUCAACAGAAUCUUGAAGAUGAAUUGGUGCAGGAUAUACUUAAAACUGGGACAGAUCUUCGGCAGUACUCCAGGGAGAUUGAAAAAGAGUUAAAGGAAGUAGAAAAUAAGUCGAUACAAGAUUACAUUAAGGAGAGCCAGAAUAUUGCAAGUUUACACAAUCAAAUCUCUGCAUGUGACCAAAUUCUGGAGAGAAUGGAAUCGAUGCUGCUGGGCUUCCAAAAUGAUUUGGGAAGUAUUAGUAGUGAGAUAUUAUCUCUGCAAAGAAAAUCUGUGUCUAUGAGUCAAGAGUUGAGUAAUAGGCAAAGUAUACGGGGUCAGCUUAGUCAGUUUAUUGAUGACAUGGUAGUCUCAGACACUUUGAUUAAUGGAAUAUUGGAUUGCCCAGUGACAGACAAAGAAUUUCUGAACCAUUUGCAAGUGUUGAACCAUAAAAUUAACUUUGUGAAAGAGCAAAGCUUUAAAGAAUCUAAAUCAUGUAUGGAUGUUAAAGACAUUUUAGAAAAGCUGAAAAUAAAGUCGAUGGCCAAGAUAAGGACAUAUUUAUUAGAGCAAGUUUUUAAGUUUAGAAAACCCAUGACCAAUUACCAAGUUCCCCAGAAUGCUAUGCUUAAAUACAAGUUCUUUUUUGAGUUUAUUUUAUCUAAUGAGAGGAAUGUGGCUCAGGAAAUAUGCAAUGAAUAUGUGGACACAAUGAGCAAAAUAUACUUUUCAUAUUUUAAAUCAUAUUCUGGUAGGAUAAUGAAGUUGCAGUAUGAGGAAUGCACUACUAAAGAUGAUUUGAUGGGGAUUGAAGAUACUGCAACUAGGGGUCUAUUUCAUAAAACUACUUUGAAGCAUAAAGGAACUGUUUUCACUAUUGGCAAUAGAGGAGAUGUUUUGGCUCAACAACUAGAAGCUCCAAUUAUUGUACCACAUGCCCAAUCAAAAAAUAGAUAUCACUUUGAAUCAUUAUUUAGAAGUGAGCAAUAUGCUUUAGUUGACAAUGCCUGUCGUGAAUAUUUAUUUGUAAGUGAAUUCUUCAUGGUCCGUGGCCAGGUUGCACUAGACCUUUUUUAUCAAAUUAUGGGAAAAACUCUAUCUCUGUUAACAAAAAAUUUGGAAAGUUUUGUUUCAGAUUGUUAUGACACUAUAGCUCUCUUCUUAUGUUUCCAUUUGAUAUUAAGAUAUCAAUUGAUGUGCCACAAAAGAUGUGUACCUGCUUUAGAUAAAUAUUGGGAAUCUUUGCAAACCAUAAUAUUACCGAGAUUUGAGCAAGUAUUUCGCUUGAAUAUAUACAGUAUAAGGGAUUGCGAUCCAACGAAGUUUAGUAGAGAAAUGGGACCACAUUAUAUAACUCGAAGAUAUGCUGAGUUCAGUGCAGCGCUUGUUGGAAUCAGCGAGAAUUUUCCAAAUGAAUUGGUAAAUAGACUUUUGGCUGAACUGCAGGAGGAGGUAGAACUGUUUAUUUUGCGGAUGGCUGGAAUAUUUCCGCAACGCAAAGAGCAGUUGAUUUAUCUAAUUAAUAAUUAUGAUAUGAUUUUAAAUAUUAUAAUGGAGAGAACUAGAGAUAAUUCGAAAGAAGCGGAAUCGUUCAGGGCGAGGCUCUCUACUAAAAGUUCCGAGUACGUGGAGGAAAUUCUGAGUCCGCACUUUGGUGAAAUGAUGCAAUUCGUCAAAGAGUGCGAAUAUUUUAUAGAAAAAGGCAAUCAAGAGCAGAUAAAGAAGUAUGAGGGGAAAAGUUUACCCAUCGUUCAAAACUUCUCGGCUAAUUGGAAGAAAAGUCUGGAGGAAUUGAAUCGCGAAGUGCUGCUUUCCUUUCCGAACUUAGUCACGGGCUCCAGUCUGUUGCAGUUGGCAUUAACACAACUAGUGCAGUAUUAUCAUAGAUUCCACAAAUUAUUGACCCCCAAUACUAGAACUCAACUCACCAAUAUCCAUCACAUAAUGGUGGAGAUGAAGAAAUAUAAAACCAAUUAUUAAGUGCAAUUCCUUUAUAAAAUUCAAAUUAAAUUUACUUUUUCAUUGUUGUGAUUUGUUUUAAUU